AUGGGACGAGCUACGGUCUCGAUCCAAGGAUUCGAACCUGAGACUACAACAGCUUACACUGAGACAGAUAUUGAAGAUAACUCAGAUGACCUUCCCCCAGAAAAGAAAACGAAGAAAUCGGAUUUCCUCAACCAAUUGCUGAACCAACGCAACGAACAUGGCGAAACAGGCCUGCUUGUUGCUGUUGAAUUUGGAAGAACAAAUCAUCUGAAAACUCUCAUCCAAGCAGGCGCAGAUGUUAAUGUUAAAACCAACAACGAAGAAGCAGCUUUGAUGAUAGCCGUUAAAAAGUCGUUUAACAUCAUUGCUCAACUGUUAAUCACUGUCAAAAGCGAUAUCAGUUUAAAGAACACAAAGGGAGAAUCAGCAAUACUCAUUGCAGCUGAGAUGGGAAACGUUGAAAUUUUACGAUGUCUGUUAGAAGCUGGGGCUGACAUUAAUGAUAAGUCCAACACUGGUGAUACCCCGCUUAUUUUAUCGAAAAAUGAAGAAACAGCAGAAUCUAUCAUUCAAAGUGGUGCCGAGUUAGCUCAUGUUAAUCAUGACGGUGUCACAGCCCUGCACACAGCUACAAGAAACUCGAGGUUUAAACUGGUCAAGUAUUUUGUUGAACUAGGUCUUGACGUCAACACAACUAACGGCGCUGGAGAAACGGCUCUAAUCAUUGCGGUUUUACUUUUUAAAACCAUAUCUGAGACAUCAUCAUCUUAUUUUUACAGUAGUACAAUUGAUAAAGAUAAAAAAGCCCUGAUACAGAAAAUGAUACAUUUUCUCAUAGACAGCAAGGCUGAUGCUUCUGUACAAGACAGGACAGGAAAAACAGCUCUGAUGUACGCACAUGAAGCUGGCUGUAACGAAACGAUAAUAAACAUGCUUGAAAGUAAAUAG